GGGAGUGAGGGGGCAGCAGCAGGGAGCAGCGGCAGCAGCGCCCCCUCUCGUUGCCAGGGCAACGCACCAGUCUCUCUGCUUAUUUUGCAGGAAAGAGGGAUUGGUGAUGGCUGUAACUUAAUCUUCAUGAAGGGCAGAGUAAUGCUGGAACCAUUUGGAGAUUAUCAGGUCUGGGACUGGAGGUCUGUGUGAACCUAAGCCAGAACAUCUUGACUUGCCCAGGACCGUUUUGGGCACUGGCAGCCCUUGUUUGGCUAAUGAGUGCCUCUUCUCGAAUGGUGGGGGACGCAGGAAGCAAUGCGUUCGCUGGUGGCCCAAUCUCCCAAAAGUGCUGUAGUUGCAAAGUCUGUCCCAGUGGAGAGGGACCAAUUUCUGAAGCAACAGAAGCUCCUCGAAAGGCUGAGAUUUCAGCUGGGGAAGAAAGCGCUAGGGAGGCUCACAUUGUUUGGAAUGGAAGCUGUAACCAAGAUAAUGGUAGCUUUCACUUUACUGGCGACAACAUCCCUGGCAAUGGAACUGGCUCUUGUAAUUGCCAGGGAGAUCUCUCUGAUCUCUCUGCAACGUAUUCAGAGAAGGAGAAUGACUUGUGUGGCUCCACUUGCCAGCACUGGCCUUCAGGCCCCACAGAGAAGGCCACGUCAAAGCUACUGUUAGACCAGGAAGAUGAUAUCGAGGAUGACAUGGCAUCAAAGGCCAAGGAGGAACUCCCUGACUGCACUCGGGCUCCUGGCGGAAGGAAGAUUGUCCGGCAGCAAAGGCACCGUUCCUCUGCUAAAGACAAGGGGGAAGUGCGUUUUGCACUAUCUGCAGGGAAACAUAGGCAGGCUAGGAAGAGGAGCGAUGGUGGGCGCCAUCAUAUCCGAGCUGAGCUGCUCAAGCAUCUGGAGAAGUCAGCCUCGUUCUGUGUUUCCUGCUUCAAACUCUUUAUCAGCCUGAUUGUGCAGGUCACCCACAGGUGUGGUGAGGGUGUGGAAGCUGGUGGGAAGCUACUGUACUCCUGCUGCUCCUUCAGCCCACGUGACCAAGACGCCAUCCGAACCAGCGUGCGGGCUUGGAUCCAGAAUGCGAGGUUGGGCUGCAGGAAACUGACACGACACCUGGGCACGUGGAUGGCCCUGACUUACCGCUUGCUUAAGAUGCUAUGUGCUGUAUUCUUCCUGGUGCUCAUGCUCCUCCUGGGUAGCCUGCGACUCUGCUGGCGGGUCUCCAAGUCAGCCCUGAUCAAUGUCCUGGGUAGAUUGGCCCACACCAGCCAUGGAGCCUGGCUUCUUUCAGCCAUUGACCUGCCCCAAAUUUGGGCCCUCUUCAAAGAAAGCAGGACUUGCAAGUGGGUGGCAGGCCUGCUGCUUAAGUGGUAUGCUGCCUUUGGGAUGCCCAAAGGGUUAAGGACCAACCAGCCAGAGGGCAUGGCUUACAAUGGGUCUCCUGGUGGAUCUGGGCCAUACCAGCCUGGUGAAGAGGUAGCACGCUUGUUGGCUAUGGCACACACCCCUGAGGAAGAGCUCAAUCCUUUCCAGGUGUUGGGCUUGGAGGCAACCGCAUCGGAUGCAGAGUUGAAGAGAGCCUAUCGGCACUUGGCAGUAUUGGUUCAUCCAGACAAGAAUAAGCAUCCACGGGCAGAGGAGGCCUUCAAGGUACUGCGGGCAGCCUGGGAUAUUGUCAGCAAUCCAGAGAGGAGGAAGGAAUAUGAAAUAAAGCGCAUGGCAGAAACAGAGCUGACCAAGUCGAUGAAUGAGUUCCUCUCCAAACUUCAGGAUGACCUGAAAGAAGCCAUGAAUACGAUGAUGUGUAACAAGUGCCAGGGGAAGCACAAGAGGUUUGAGAUGGAUCGUGACCCAUUGAAUGCCCGCUACUGUGCAGAAUGUAGCAAGCUUCAUGCAGCUGAGGAGGGUGACUUCUGGGCUGAAUCCAGCAUGCUAGGACUGAAGAUCACGUACUUUGCCAUGAUGGAUGGAAAGGUGUAUGACAUCACAGAAUGGGCUGGCUGCCAGCGAGUGGGAAUCUCCCCGGACACACACCGGGUCCCGUAUCAUAUAUCUUUUGGAUCAAGGGGUUCUGGAGGACGCCAGAGAGCUGCUUCGGAUAGCAGCCCUACUUCAGCUGCAGAACUGCAGGACUUCUUCAACCGUAUCUUCCAAGGGAGUCCUGGACAGAUGCCGAACGGGAAUUUUUUCAGCACACCCCAGCCAUCAUCCCCAGGGAGUGUGCCAACCCCUCCUGCGCCUCCAACAAAGGUGGACAGUACUUCCCAGAAGGGAGAUUCAAAGCAGAAACGGCGGAAAAAGGUGCGACGUCCCUUUCAGCGCUGAGGACGCGACUGGGUGGGAGUGAAAUCUCCCAGGCUUGCCUGGAUGCCAGGCUCUUUGUCAGGUAGCAAAAGGGCUGUUUCAAAAGGGAAAAGUGUAUUCUUGUUAGUGUCAAAAAAUCCAGAUGACUCAGGCUCCUCUGGACUAAUCCAUAAUCCAGUAAAUUAUGGCUGGAAAAACCCGCUCUCCUCUUCACUGCAAUCGUUGACACGGAUCCCGUGAUACCAAAGAACUCCGGUGGAAGGCUUCCUGAAAGCAUCAUAAUGAAGAUGUGGCAUGCCCGAGUGUGGGCUGUUGGUAGUGCAGAGUAUAUUGAGCCAUGGGAUCUAAUUUAAGAUGACUUUAAUGAGAUGCUUCUAUAAUUGUUCAGCAUUUCCUCUUCAGCAGAAAUAUGACUACCACCAGUGAUGUUAGCCAAUUAUUUAUCUUUUGUCCACAAGGAUGACUAGACUGGAAUCUCUUCUGAUUUACUACACUUGUCCUGCUAUCAUCAGCCUUUUAGCUCACCUGGGACUUGGAGAAAAGUUGAGUCUUACAGGGUGGCUAAUUGUCCAGGAAAGGCUUGGCGUGUAGUAAUUUUUAAAGAGUGCAGGAAAUGACCCCCUAAUUGUUGUUCAAUAUCAGCAACUAUCUUCUUACCCCAUGCUGGGUGAUCUACCAAUUCUGAGAGGAAGAGACCCUUCUCCCACCUGCAACGUCCUUGCUAGAAAAUAUUAAUUUAUUGCCUACCAUGCAAAGGAACCCAUUGAGUCCCCAAACUUAGUAAAGUUAGGAGGAGAUGAAGAUACACCCCCUAGUUAUUAUUUCAGGGGCUGCACAAACACAGUGCAGAUACUCAGGAUUAUGCCAAGCAGGCUUUUUGAGUCUCAAAUGUUCCAUGGUUCUGUUGCAAGACUACUGAGAUGUGUUCUGCACUACCCCAUGGUUAAAGAGCAAAUAGCCACUUCUGGCUCUGAAUGCAAAGUGACUCUCUGAGAGAUCCAAGUCCCUGUGUUUUUAAGGUGCUUGGUUUGCUCUUCCCUGAUCCUGGCAAGCACAUCGUUUGUGUAUGCUAUCCCAGGACUGUGGUCAAACCAGUUAAGAAACUGGUGGAUUCGGCCCCAAGGCUUAGCAUGGACAGUUAGCUCUGUAACUGUCCAACCUGUUUUAUUGAAGGUUGCUUUUUUAAAAGUUCAUAUUUGUAUGUACAUACAUAUAUUUAAUACCAUGUGUAUUCCCCUUUCUAUAAAUACAUAUAAAUGCCUUGGA